CAGUAUCGCUAUUUCUCCUGCCUGCUCUACUCGCCACGACUCUUUUCGCGUGUGAACUGCAGCCUAGGAAUUUCUCAUUUGAAUGUCUCUCUUCAGAAUUCGGAUACUGAAUCGGAUCUUUUCCUAACGAACCUUGCACCAAACCCAAGCAAACCAUUGUUACCACCCAAACCACUUCUCCAGCCAAAUGCACCAAGUCCGGAACGCGAGUCUUGUAUACAAAGAGAUCCAGAGAUUACAAUUUUGGCUACGGCACCUGUUUCGGUGCAAAUAAAACCUUGUCUACCAGACGUGCAAGAAAUACCACGGGACCGCCUCCUCGAGCAAGAACAGGAGAGAAGGGAACGGGAAGAAGAAAAACGGGAGCGGGAACGGGAGCGUAGGGAAUUAGAAGAGGUUCAACGAGAAAGGGAGAGGAGAGAGAGGGAACAUAACGAGCAGAGUAGAGGGUUUACCAAAGCCCCGGGCUGGCCUAAUGCCACCAAGCCUAUUGCUCAGAGCGUAGCUCAUCUGCCACGGUCCACGCCGACUCUUCCGUACUCGGCACCGUCGCAGACACCCACGUUCUCGCACUCGUCGACAAUACCACCGAGCCGUUCAGUGCCGCAUAAUAUGUACACACCCUCACUGCCGCCUCCACCGCCGUUGACUUCGCCAACAACCCACAACCAGAGUCCUUUUGCUGCUGCACCUGAUACAAGCUAUAAUUAUUCUAAAGGUCAAAUCACACCGCUGGAACUCCAUAACAGGAACUUAAACAACACAAAAGGUCAGCAACAUAUUUUACGGAAAGAGUUGGACAAACGAUUUCUUGCUGCUCAUGACAGAAAUAUGUCAGUUGGCCCUCCGCCAUACAUGAGAACGGAGACACACAUGCACCAACAUAAUCAUAUGCAUCAACAUAUGCAUAGCCAUUCCUUCCUACCCACCCCGGUAGGCAGCGCUCUUGUGCCCCCUCAGCCACCGCCACACAUGCUCGGUGUUGGCUUUCCUCCAAACCUGCCAGCUAUUCCCCCACCUACAUCACUACCAAACACAAUAGGCAUGCCUCCGAGUUCGGCAUUCCAGCCUAAGAAGCAAGGGAAGUGGUGUGCAGCCCACGUUACUGUUGCCUGGCUGAUCUAUCACCAACAACAGAAGAAAGUGGAGGCCCAGAAGGAUCAACUGAAACCUGAUAUAUUUUCCCGUCCAGCACCUCAACUGAUGCCUCCCCAUCGACCUGCCGACCACUCCGGCCCACCAGGUCUUUUUCCACCAGGUAAUGGUGGUCCGUCUGGCCCUCACUCUGCUCUUGGUGGCCCUCAUCCGAGUGGCUUCAUUGCACAAAGUGCUGGACAACUGGGGAUGCCUCCCUUCCCAAGACCUCAGGGCUACGGCCCCAUCGGUACCCCUGUCCUACCUAGAAAUGGCUUAGGCAAUAGUAUUACAGGGUCUAUGUUCAAUGGUCGAGAUAUGCUAGGCCUGCAUGGUCUCAAUAGUAAUCACUUGCCAUACAACCGGUUGCAUCGAACACCACCUGGAUUUCCUACCCCUCCUCCUCCAGCUGGAUGGCCGAAGCCGGAAUCUGAUAGGCCUAAAGAUGCAUUAGCCAGAAUUGAGAUGGAGAGGGAACGCAAGGAGGAGGAAGCUCGUAAGGAACGGGAGAGGGAACGAAUCAAAGAUAGUAUAGACCAUGAAAAGGAGAGAGAAAGGCUGGUGGAUAGGCCAGGCCAAUCCUCUACAAGUCCAGAUCGAUGGACAAAUGACCGAAAGAAGGAGGAAGAAAAGGAUCGUCAUAUGGAUGAGAGGCGAGAGAAAAACAGUGAAAGGGAUGGAGAACAUUCUAAAGACAUUAUUCCCAAACUGAAUGAUCAUAGGACUCGUGAGGGGUCUAGAUCCCCCGCCACACACCAUAUGCAUAGGCGUGAUAUAAAAGAAAGCGCUUUUGAUAGCGUUGGACAUAUUUUACCUCCAAAUAAGGAGGAACGAAGGGAUUACGAAACUGCAAAAGAGACGCUACACAGAGAAACAAUGCACUCUGGAAUUAGUCCAGUAGUAGGAUCCAUGUUUGAGAGACGAAACUUAGGUUUAUUCCCUCCCAGUUACGCCAUUGAACGACCUCCACCAGGUAUGCCCAUGAUACCUUGGGAUGCCAGGGAUAAUUUUUUUCGUAGACAAGAGAGCUUUCAAAGAGAACACGCAUUCCGACAAGAAUAUGAGCGGGACCGUAUGAUACGAAGUGCAGCAGCGGCAGCCGCUGCAACCGGUCAGCCCAUGGGACCAAUAAUUGAGCAGGAAAGAUUUAGAGAUCGUGAACCCCACGAUUUCACCAGAGACAAUCCACUAGCUGUUGAUUCUUAUCGUAGGAUAGAACAAGAAAGAUUGCACGUUCACCAGCGAUUGUUAGAGGAACGUGUUUUACGAGAGGAAGUUGAAAGGAACCGAAUGCUGCAGGUCGCUCAUGAGCAUGGACAAAUGAUAAUCCCGUCGCAUCCAGCUCUGCCGCCUUCAUUGCAUAAUAGUUUACCAUAUUCCAGGUCUAGUAGUUUUUUCCAAAAUUCUAUCAUGUUGAAAGCUUCGCAGCCUCCACCGCUUGUUCCCACCGCAAGUAUCAAUAGUACAUUCGGGUCAAGCCAGCGUAGCCGAGGUCCAUCUCCCAGUACUUUACAACCAAAUGGUCGCAAUAACUCACCAAUGGAUAGCCUAGUCUCCAAAGAAAAAGCGCUUUCCGAAAAGGAUGCACACAGUCGAUAGAAGCAGAACAAACAAUCGGUGUUUUUCAAACCAGGUCAGACUGGAAUGAACAGGAUUGAACUGGAGUGCAUUAGGAUAUCAAACAUCUUUGACCAAUGCACAAUGUCCUGCAUAAGUAGAAGCAGUAAGCAUCUGUGAAAAAUAACCGUAGGAUGUGCAUGUCGGCUGUUCUUAUCAUCUGUGUUGUACUCCUAUGUUCGCUAGAAGAAAAACAGAAAUGUUUGAAAACGGAUCUACAGUAUGUUAUUAAACUAGCAACAUGUCUACGCAUUAAAAAACAGGUUUUUUUUGGCAUCCAGCAUUAGUUCUGCUUGUGAAUAUGUAAGAAAUAUUUAUGUUGGCUCUGUAUGGUUUUUUCCUGCCAGGGGAAUUAGCGUGGGUAACUCAUGUGCACCUACACAGUAGGAGACCGACGCCAUUUGCUUGCUUUAUAAGUUGCAAGGAAAAUAAUGCUAGGAUUUGCUAGUUUUGUGGACAACUGUAAGGUUUUGAUAACAAGUGCAAUUUUAAGAUAUGUGAGUUGUGUUUGUUUUGUUUUUUUUCUUCAUCGAUUGGUUUGUAGGAUGAUAUGAAUGGGAGCUGUGCUUAAAAGCCACAAAAUACAUUGUUACAUAUCUUGUUUUUUAUUGGAAAUGAAUGUAAAUCCUACCUUUAAAAUGCUAUACACUGUCAGAUCCUUUUUCGAGAAGAGCACAGACCUUUUCUGUGAGAAUUGUCCAGGAUCCCUUCCAUGGGAUUCAUGUAUCCCCUUUCCCUAUCACUCUAAUUUCUGAGUCACAGUAUUUUAUUGAAGUUCAUUCCACUUAUUGUUGUACUCUAUUCUAAUAAAUCAGAUCCCACCAUAACCCAUUAUAAAAUGUUUAACUAAUUUUAUUUCUAAUUUUAUACAGUAGUAGUAUUUCUUAAUGACCACACGCAUUGAUAAUGUCACCCUAACUUUCCAUCAGUUGCUACGCAUGAAGUGAUGAUGUCACCGCUUGUAAAGCAAAGUCAUAAAUUAUGUUACAGUUAAAAUAAAAUCACAAAUGAGACCAUUACUUCUAAUUAGUGCUAUGCAUUAUAGCCAUAUAUAUAUUAAGAAUAAUAUAAAUUGAAUUAUUGUGACAGAACAAUUACCUUCCAGCAUUGUACUUACUCCAGUUACCCGUGAAGAUAAAUUUGUUGGCAUAAUUCAAGCCUUACACCAACCAUAUUUUGAGAUUUUCUGCUUUUUUAGUUUUGAUAUCUGAAAUUUUAAUUGAAAUAGGAUUUUUUUUUUUUAAAUAUAAAGUCCACUUCUGUUUGAAUUGUUCAAUCAUGAAAAAAGCUGCAAUUUUGUUUUAUGUCUGAAUCAUGCAAAAUUACAUAAUUUAUGUCUCCCCAUAAUAACAAACCCACAACCUUUAAAGCAGACUCAUCAUGCUUUUACCUCCUUAUUUGGGCUUUUUGUGCAAAUUGCCACGAUAGAAAGAAUGAAUAAAAUCAUAGAUUAUGUAGAAAAUAUUUUUCACAAUACAUUCUUCCUUUGCUUUAUCUGAGUAGUAAGUUCCAUUUUUAAUUGGUUUCUGAUAAACUAAACAAGUUGACACAACAGCUGUCUUUUAUGUAAUUCUUUCAUUUACUAGAUUAUUACCCAUCAUGCAGUUGACAGGCUAUGUUAGCAGACGACGAGGUUGUGAAUCAUGAAGUUUUAUCAUGAUUAUCUUUUGGUUGCUUAGCAAUGUAUUAUUUUGUUGUUGUAAAUCAUUGUUUCUUGUAUAUGGGUUCAAUUUAUCAUGUACUGUACAUAUUUUUGCACAUUUCUAAUGCUUAUCUAUAAAACUAAGGGAUGUUUAUUGUGUAUAUUUUGGUACAAUUAUUGUCUGUAUGUUUCCUAAAUUGAUUGUAACACCAGCCAAGAUCAUUUCUUUUAUAUGAUUAAUUAUAUACCUGUCUUUUUGUUGUUUUUUUUUUUAACAGAUACUACUUUACAGGUAACUAAUAAUAUCUGUGUAAAUGAAUACUGUCAUAUUGUGGAGAUAUUCAUUAAUUAGAUAUCUUGAUAAACAAAAGUCUACUUGGUUGCAUACUAAUUAUUAUUCAUAGAUAUAAAUAUGCAUAUAAAAACUACAAUACAAAUUCCAUAUUUUAGAACCUGGAAAUUUUAAGAAGCUAUGUCAUUUAUUUGUUGGAAAUGUGAUAGAUAUUUAAUGGUGCUACACAUAUUUGGUGAUAUUAUUUUGUUGCAAAUGGAUUUUUAGUUCCAUAGCCUAUUAGUAGGUGAAGCCAUUACUUGUUGUCAACUCAGUUUUUGUCAGCAUUUGCUAACAAAGCAAUCAUUGGGAAAUGUAUAAUUUUAAUCAGAAUAAUGCGAGAUCAGUUUGCAACUUAUGUACAGGUAUAUCAAAGUCAAACAACAGUCAAUCAUGGUGUUAAGAAACUGAAAAGGUGCACCUCUAUAUUUAUAAAACAUUUUAAUCAAUGCAUUGUUUGUGGCACCAAUUCCAAUAUUAAUGAGCUAUGUUAUAUUUUUACGAUCAUUUUGUCAGGAAAAUUCUUGUUUAAUUUCAUAAAUCAUGUUGUUAAUUAGAGUAAUUAUGAGAUGAUAAAUCUUAAUUGGAUUGUGCUAACGUGGAGCCAGUGCACAAAUCCCAACUGUUUAAGGAAACUACAAUCGUAUAGUUAUGCCUUGGAAACAUAAUGCAUUAUGGGUAUCAAAUAUUAUGUUAUGGUAAUUAAUGUGUCAUUUCAGAAAUAUUUUGAUCAAAUCAUGUAAUCUCUGAAAAUUGGAAAAAAUAUAAUAUAAUCGAUUAUAAUCGAUGAUAAUUUGGAAGAGGUUGCUUUUUCAUAUCUACAUUUUUGUUCUGAUACUUAUAAUGCAUUAUAAUUAGCAUCCAUCCUUAAUAUUAUUGAAUUAAAAUUAUUAUAUAUAUUAAAGGAUAUUUUAUAUUUUAUUACAAAAAAUAUUAUUACUGUUGUUAUUGAUAUUAUUCAAAUUUUGAUAUCCCUUUUAAUUGUUGUUUUUAUGUAUUUAUUUCUUUUGUUUUUAACUUUGAGUAUGUGUACAUGUAGUGUCCUCCUUGUAGAUACCAAAGAGUAUAAAUACGGAAAGAGGUUAAUUUCUGCAAUGCAAUCCUACUUUCUUAUAAUAACUUUGAAUAAGAUAAGAUAUAUUUAUUCAUCCAAUUUGUAACAAUCAGAAAAUUGCUUACCUUUGGCAUAGUAAACAGUAAAAACACAAAAAUACAGAGCACAGAAAAAUACACAAAAAAUAUGUCCCAAUAAAAUGGGACAUAAAUGGUGCCCUCUAUACAGUUUAUCGUUUGAAAAUUUUAUUUUCAGUCGAUAGGAUUUGUGCAUAUAUUCCAUACAAUAUCAACAGCCUGCAACCUCUUUCCUUAUCUAUACUCUUUAUAGCCAAUCUAUGAAGAGACAUUUAAUAUUGCAAGAUCUGUAAAUUUAUAAUUAAAUGUACAAUUUUAUUGAAAAAUAGUUUGUAGAGAUGAGGGUGAGUGUGUACUCAACCUUACUAGUAAGUUUAUAAUAAGUCCAUUGGUUUGUUACCUACACAACUAAAACAAAUGGACAUGGUUGUAAAAGAUAGUCUAUGUAAAAGUAUUUGAAAUGUCGGUUGGAAAAAAUUGAGCUGCUUUUUGUAGAAGUUUAGAGAGUAAAAAAUUACAAUUGUCAACUCAUAUAAGUUUGAUUCUACUUGCUAUUUGGACAAUACAUCAUCCAAGAUGAGAAGUCUUGUUUAUAUUUUGUUUGUGUUUGUAUUUCACACAGGGGUGCAGAUCUGUUUUGAAAGGUGGGGGACAGUGUUGGAAUUUUUGUUAGGAAAUGUUACCUAUAGAUGAAUGAAAAUUAUACUCUAUAUAGCAAAAUUCAUCAUUAUCGUCAUCACAUCACCAUUAUAGUAAAAAUGAAAAUCAGAUUUACAAAAUUUUACAAGAUUUGUAAAUAAUAAUUUUGAUUUAAUGGCAUAAAACUGCUGCAGAAUGCUCUUCCUUUAAUAUCUGGUUCAUUUAUGCAGUUCAUUUGAACAAUUUUUAGGCAUCUUCUUGACUUACUUAUUUACUUACAUGGUGGUGUACCAACAACCCCCUUCAAAGUAUGCGAGAGUACCUGUUCCCCCAUGAUGUGCGUCAAUGAUUUCACACUUGGCAAUAAAGAUACUAUAAAUUA